GGCAGGAGCUGCGGUGAAACAGCCAGGCUACCUUGGCUCUGCGAUCAGUCGCUGUUGAUGGGAUGGAAGCUGGACCUUCUGUAGCAGCCCCAGGUGGGUAUGUUCCACCACUGCAGCAAGUGUUUCAGGCGCCCCGCCGACCUGGGAUUGGCACAGUAGGGAAGCCCAUAAAACUCCUUGCCAACUAUUUUGAGGUAGACAUUCCCAAAAUUGACGUCUAUCACUAUGAGGUAGACAUCAAGCCUGACAAAUGCCCUCGCCGUGUCAACAGGGAAGUCGUAGAAUACAUGGUCCAACACUUCAAGCCGCAGAUCUUUGGAGACAGGAAACCUGUUUACGAUGGAAAGAAGAACAUCUACACGGUCACAGCAUUGCCCAUUGGGCAUGAACGGGUUGAUUUCGAGGUAACAAUCCCGGGUGAAGGGAAGGACAGAAUCUUCAAGGUGUCCAUAAAGUGGAUGGCAGUGGUGAGCUGGAGGAUGCUUCAUGAAGCUCUUGGAAGUGGACGAAUCCCACUUCCUCUGGAAUCUGUGCAAGCCUUGGAUGUGGCAAUGAGACACUUGGCCUCAAUGAGGUAUACCCCAGUGGGGCGCUCAUUCUUCUCCCCACCAGAAGGUUACUAUCACCCAUUGGGCGGUGGACGUGAGGUCUGGUUUGGGUUCCACCAGUCUGUGCGUCCAGCCAUGUGGAACAUGAUGCUAAAUAUUGAUGUAUCUGCUACUGCCUUUUACAAAGCCCAACCAGUCAUAGAAUUUAUGUGUGAGGUCCUGGACAUCAGGAACAUAGAUGAGCAACCAAAACCUCUCACUGACUCACAGAGGGUGCGUUUCACCAAGGAGAUCAAAGGUUUGAAGGUGGAAGUUACACACUGCGGGCAGAUGAAAAGGAAAUACCGCGUUUGCAAUGUUACACGUAGGCCAGCCAGCCAUCAAACGUUCCCACUGCAGCUGGAGAGUGGACAGACUGUUGAAUGCACAGUGGCCCAAUAUUUCAAACAGAAAUAUAACCUGCAGCUGAAGUACCCUCACCUACCAUGUCUGCAAGUAGGGCAGGAACAGAAACAUACUUAUCUACCUCUGGAGGUGUGUAACAUAGUAGCUGGUCAGCGAUGUAUCAAGAAAUUGACUGACAAUCAGACCUCCACAAUGAUCAAAGCCACCGCCAGGUCUGCCCCAGACAGGCAGGAGGAGAUCAGCCGACUGAUGAAAAAUGCCAGUUAUAAUCUGGAUCCUUAUAUCCAGGAGUUUGGAAUCAAGGUCAAAGAUGACAUGACAGAGGUCACAGGAAGGGUUCUUCCAGCUCCUAUCCUGCAGUAUGGAGGUCGAAACAGAGCAAUUGCCACCCCAAAUCAAGGUGUAUGGGACAUGAGAGGAAAGCAGUUCUACAAUGGCAUUGAGAUUAAAGUCUGGGCCAUCGCCUGUUUUGCUCCACAAAAACAGUGCAGAGAAGAAGUGCUAAAGAACUUCACAGACCAGCUUCGUAAGAUUUCCAAGGACGCGGGAAUGCCCAUCCAAGGCCAACCGUGCUUCUGUAAAUAUGCUCAGGGUGCUGAUAGUGUGGAACCCAUGUUCAGACACCUCAAAAACACGUAUUCCGGGCUCCAGCUCAUCAUUGUCAUCCUGCCAGGAAAAACUCCUGUGUAUGCUGAAGUAAAACGUGUUGGUGACACACUCCUAGGGAUGGCCACUCAGUGUGUGCAAGUAAAGAACGUUGUCAAGACCUCUCCUCAGACUCUCAGCAACCUCUGUCUGAAAAUCAAUGUCAAGCUGGGUGGGAUCAACAACAUUUUAGUGCCUCAUCAACGCUCUGCUGUCUUCCAGCAGCCAGUAAUCUUCCUUGGAGCGGAUGUCACACAUCCACCAGCUGGGGAUGGAAAGAAACCCUCGAUUACGGCGGUUGUAGGUAGUAUGGAUGCCCACCCCAGCCGGUACUGUGCUACUGUAAGAGUACAGCGCCCCCGGCAGGAAAUCAUUGAGGACUUGUCCUACAUGGUACGAGAGCUCCUCAUCCAGUUCUACAAAUCAACACGCUUUAAGCCAACACGGAUCAUCUUCUAUCGAGAUGGGGUUCCAGAAGGACAGCUACCGCAGAUUCUGCACUAUGAGUUGCUAGCAAUUCGGGAUGCAUGCAUCAAAUUGGAGAAGGACUAUCAGCCGGGCAUUACUUACAUUGUUGUUCAAAAGCGCCACCACACACGUCUCUUCUGUGCUGACCGCAGCGAGAGGAUUGGCAAAAGCGGAAACAUACCAGCAGGAACAACGGUUGACACCAACAUUACCCACCCGUUUGAGUUUGACUUUUAUCUGUGCAGCCAUGCGGGUAUCCAGGGCACCAGCCGACCCUCCCACUACUAUGUCCUUUGGGAUGACAACAGAUUUACAGCUGAUGAACUGCAAAUCCUCACUUACCAGCUAUGCCACACGUAUGUGCGCUGCACACGCUCAGUCUCCAUACCUGCACCUGCUUAUUAUGCUCGACUAGUUGCCUUCAGGGCAAGAUACCAUCUUGUGGACAAGGAGCAUGACAGUGGAGAAGGCAGUCACAUUUCCGGACAAAGCAAUGGGAGGGACCCGCAGGCCUUAGCAAAGGCAGUGCAAGUUCACCAAGACACACUGCGCACAAUGUAUUUUGCCUGAUGGCCUUCCACAAGCCUACCUAGUGGAUAUCAUCUGCAAUUUGACUUACUUGUCCCAUACAGUACCUCAGCAGGCCAGAUGAAUUUUUCACAUGUGCUUGAAUCCGACAUAUGUAUGGGUACCUCAAAAAAACCUACAAGCCCAACAAAACCCUCUGGGGCCAUCUUGGAGAAGAGAGUCGACCUGGAUGUUUUUGUUUUGCAUGUUGUGAAGGAAAGACCUAGAAGAAAGAGUGUUAUUGGACAACCCCUCCAGUCCAUGCGUAUUCACACCUGGUGUUUUUUAGCAGGAAUCCUCUGUGCGCCACGGCAAAUUUUUAUUCCUAGAUGACUUGAAAUGCAAUACUACAGACAGAAUAACCAAGGCUGUGAAUUUGAGCCCUGCCCUCCUUUGGAGCUGGGACAUAUAUUACAAGAUAUUUUGGGGGAUGCGAUGAGCAGUUCGCCUUAAAUGAAAGAAUUACAUGUUUUGUUUUUGACCUUUCAAAUUAUGUAGUUCUAACGAGGUAAUGUUGCAGAAAUGGACUAAAAUCUCCUUGUGGAUGUUCCCUUACCAUACCUUUCACACAAAGCUCUCCAGCACUUAGAAUGCAACCAGCAUAUAGAAUGCACAUGGGAUAGAAUGGUGGAGAACCAAUGCAUUAGAUUAAUGUUCUCAGACUGGUGAGGGAGAUUCUUACUCUAAAUGUGAGGCAAAGUGAACCUGCAAAGUUUCUUGUUCUCAUCUCUUUGUUUUUUUCCAUUUUGUAUUCAUUCAUCUGUUCCAUCUUCUAUUCAUUGGUGCCAAAUGUCCUGCUUCCUUUGAGAGAGAUUGGAAGCUAGUUAUUCAAAGCAAUAUGGUGGUACUCUUCAGUGAUGACCUGACUUCUGCGUGCCUUCAUAUUGCAGAAUGGUUGUUUGCCACAAAUUUACUUAAAGAGAAGGAGACUAAAUAUUGUUACAAUACCUGGUUAGAAGUGGUGGUAGAAAAUCAGAAUCAGAGCAAAGUGCCUUGAAUCUACUUUAGUUGUGCAGAAUGUAAGCAGUGGCACGAGGUAGA